AUGCGCUGCCGCCGUCGUAUGACCAAGCGGUCUCGAAAGCUCCGCCUCAGGCCCCACACCCGACGCAUUAACUGUAUAUUACUCAAAGCUAGUGUGCCCACUGCGCUCAUUGGCCUCUGCUCACUGGUCACUGAUCAGUCGCCGCUCACUCGUCAGCGGCCCUCAGUGGCGUGCCGCAAGGUAUUGUCGGUGCUGUACCCUUAC